AUGGCUUCUUGGUCUGAACAGGACUUCUGCUGCCCCGCCUGUCAUGACAUCUUCCAGGACCCGGUUCUCCUGUCGUGCAGCCACAGCUUCUGCAGAGCCUGUCUGCAGAGCUGGUGGACGGAGAGACAGUUCCAGGACUGUCCCGUCUGUCGGAUGGUGUCUCAGUGGAGUGACCCGCCCCGGAACCUGGCGCUGAAGAACCUGUGCGAGGCCUUACUGUUGGAGAGAAGCACCGGAGCCUCCUUAGGGUCUGCUACCAUCUGCCAUCUGCACUCUGAGAGGCUCAAGCUCUUCUGUCUGGAUCAUCAGCAGCCCGUGUGCGUGGUCUGCCGGGACGCAAAGAUCCACUCCGAGCACAGGUUCCGACCCAUCGAAGAGGCUGCUGAGGACUACAGAGAGGAGCUCAAGAAGUACCUCCGACCCCUGCAGACCCGGCUGAAGGCCUUCAAUGAGGUGAGGCUGAACUUUUAUCAAACAGCAGAGCACAUUAAAGUCCAGACUCGACAAACGGAAAAGAAGAUAAGGGAGGGUUUUAAGAGGCUGCACCAGUUUCUCCAUGAAGAAGAGGAGGCCAGGAUAGCUGCUCUGAGGGAGGAGGAGGUGCAGAAGAGUCAGGUGAUGAAGGAGAGGCUGGAGGCUCUAAGUGCGGAGCUGUCCACGCUCUCAGACACGCUCAGGGUCAUCGAGGAGGAGCUGAAGGUCGACGACGUCUUAUUCAUGAUCAACUACAAGGCCGUGGUUGAGAAGCUUCAGCACUGCUUCCUGUUAGAGGAGCCGCAGCUGGUGUCAGGGGCGCUGAUCAACGUGACCAAACAUCUGGGCAACCUGAGCUUCAACAUCUGGACCAAAAUGAAGGACGCCGUCUCCUACAGUCCUGUGAUUCUGGAUCCAAACACCGCCAACGCCGAGCUCAUCCUGUCAGGAGAUCUCACCACCGUCAGAUACGGGAAGAUUCAGCAGCUUCCAGAAAACCCCGAGAGGUUCGAGUGCUGGGACUCGGUCCUGGGCUCAGGGUUCGACUCCGGGAGUCACAGCUGGGACGUGGAAGUGGGAGACAACAAAGACUGGGAGCUGGGGGUGUCCACGGAAACCAUCAGCAGGCGAGGAUUCACGGGGUCGACAGUCUGGAGUUUGGACUUCAAUAAUGUGAAAUACAGAGCUUUUUCUUCAGCCAACAAAUACAUGGACCUCCCAGUCCGAGAGAAGCUCCACAGGGUCAGAGUUCACCUGGACUGGGACGGGGGGGCGCUGUCCUUCUCUGACCCUGAUACUGGCGCACACAUACACACCUUCACACACACUUUCACAGAGAAACUGUGUCCGUACAUCUGCACCAGGAGCACAGUCCCUCUGAAGAUACUGCCUGUGAAGGUCUCAGUUACUCUGGAGAGGUAG